UGCCCCCAGCUGGGCGCGCGGGGCAGGAGCGGGAGGCGGGAGAGCGGCGGCCCCGGUGCUCCUGGUCCUGCUUCUUGUCCCCGUGGCCCUUCUAGCCGGCUGACCCAAACUGAGUUUUUCCUAAACAUCAUGGGAGAGAUUAAAGUCUCUCCUGACUAUAACUGGUUCAGAAGCACAGUUCCCCUUAAAAAGAUAAUAGUAGAUGAUGAUGACAGUAAAGUCUGGUCCCUGUAUGAUGCAGGACCAAGGAGCAUUCGUUGCCCACUCAUAUUUCUCCCUCCUGUGAGUGGAACUGCAGAUGUGUUUUUCCAGCAAAUUCUGGCACUGACUGGAUGGGGCUACAGAGUUAUUGCUUUGCAGUAUCCAGUGUACUGGGAUCACCUCGAGUUCUGUGAUGGAUUCAGGAAACUGUUAGACCACCUUCAGCUGGAUAAAGUUCACCUUUUUGGAGCUUCUCUGGGAGGCUUUCUGGCUCAAAAGUUUGCUGAAUACACACACAAAUCUCCCAGAGUCCAGUCUUUGAUCCUGUGUAAUGCCUUUAGUGACACUUCUAUUUUCAAUCAGACGUGGACAGCAAACAGCUUUUGGCUGAUGCCUGCUUUUAUGCUGAAAAAAAUUGUCCUUGGGAAUUUUGCUUCUGGUCCUCUAGAUCCUGAAAUGGCCGAUGGGAUUGAUUUCAUGGUGGACAGGCUGGAGAGCCUGGGCCAGAGCGAGCUGGCCUCAAGACUCACCCUCAACUGCCAGAACUCCUAUGUAGAACCUCACAAAAUCCGAGAUAUCCCUGUAACCAUUAUGGAUGUGUUUGACCAAAGCGCACUUUCAACAGAAGCAAAAGAAGAAAUGUAUAAGCUUUACCCUAAUGCCAGAAGAGCUCACCUCAAAACAGGAGGCAACUUCCCCUACCUCUGCAGGAGUGCUGAGGUCAACCUGUACAUUCAGAUCCAUUUGCUGCAGUUCCAUGGUACCCGGUACGCAGCCAUCGAUCCCUCCAUGGUCAGUGCAGAAGAGCUGGAAGUCCAAAAGAUCAGCCUUCACACCAGCAACGAGCAAGAAGAGCACCGAUUAUCACUGUGUGAUUCCAGCAGGAUCAACAGUCAGUGAACUACCCGUGGACAGCAACCUCCAGCAGCGUAAUGGGAUAGAUCUGUUUCAUUUUUAGUCUUUGGAUUCAAGGAAGCAUCUUUGAAGACUACACUUUUAAAAAUAAAGACAUUUUUUCUACCAAAGUCUUCACUAUAUCAUGUUCUUAAGCAGAACGGUAUUUCUUUUUAUAUUUUUUCACUCGGCUGUAUAUAUUACCACAUGCAGAUUGUGUACUUAUAAGCUGACAUUUUUGUUGACUAUUUGAUUUGAAAGAUGUUUAAUGUUGCCCUCACUUAUUUGCUUUGAACAUUGUGUUGUAAGUUAGUUUGUUUCUACUUGAAAUAAAGCAUUUGAAUUUUUAACUUUCUUGCUGCUUAAAAAUGGUUUUCAA